CGCUGCCCGCUCUUUCUUUCACUACAUAUAAUCAUCUCUCUUUCCCCCUCUCACAAUCCCUCCAUCUCUUUCUCUCUCAGCUGAGCAGCGAGUCUGAGUAUUCAUUUCUUCACUGCAAUGGCUGAUCAGGAGAACUGUGUGAGGGUCACCCGCGCUUCGAAGAGAAGAGCGGCACUGUGUAAUGCUGAGGGCCAGUCGCCAAAUAAGAAACGGGUGGCGUUGGGGGAGCUACCGAACUUGUCAAACGUCGUCGUUUCGAAGAAUCCGAGUUUGAAAAGCGAGCUGCAGAAGCCCAGAGGUAAAGCUAAGAUGAAAGUAAAGAAGCCCCUACUGCCUACAUCCGCCAAGAACGACGAUGUCGACGGAAAGGUUGAUGUUGAUGCCAAGUCAGAUGAUCCACAGAUGUGUGGGCCAUAUGUAUCGGACAUUUACGAGUAUCUCCAUAACAUGGAGGUGGAUCCAAAGAGAAGACCUUUACCUGAUUAUAUAGAGAAGGUUCAGAAGGAUGUCAGUGCAAAUAUGCGGGGAAUAUUGGUGGAUUGGUUGGUUGAAGUUGCUGAGGAAUACAAGCUUGUACCAGAUACUUUGUAUCUCACAAUUUCAUAUAUUGAUAGAUUUCUUUCCUUGAAUGUUCUUAAUCGGCAAAGGCUUCAACUGCUUGGUGUUUCUUCUAUGCUCAUAGCCUCAAAGUACGAGGAAAUCAGCCCUCCUAAUGUGGAAGAUUUUUGCUACAUUACAGAUAAUACAUACACUAAAGAUGAGGUGGUUAAGAUGGAAGCUGAUACACUCAAGGCUCUGAACUUUGAACUUGGCAAUCCCACAAUAAAAACAUUUUUAAGGAGGUUCACCAGGGUUGCACAAGAAGAUUAUAAAGCUUCCAAUUUGCAGCUAGAGUUCCUUGGAUACUACCUUGCUGAGUUGAGCUUAUUAGAUUAUGCUUGUGUGAAGUUUUUACCUUCUUUGGUAGCUGCAUCUGUUGUCUUUCUUGCACUAUUCAUAAUUCGUCCAACAAGGCACCCUUGGAGUUCUACUUUGCAACAAUCUACUGGCUACAAACCAUCUGAUAUAAAAGAGUGUGUUCUUCUCAUACAUGACUUGUAUUUGAGUAGAAGGGGGGGUAGUUUACAAGCUGUAAGAGAAAAAUACAAGCAGCAUAAGUUCAAAUGUGUUACAACUAUGCCCUCUUCUCCAGAGAUACCUGUUUCUUACUUUGAAGAUAUUUAAGGUUGAAGUUGAAUUGCGGUUAUGGUUUUAUACUUAUCAUUGGAAGAGGCUUGGCAUGGUUGAAGAGGAUUGAAAAUGAGUUGCAUAUAAGUACUCUAACUCCCGGAAGAUUGACUUUUGGUUGGCUUUUUGCUAAUAUUAAUUGAUGGAUAGAUUCUUUGACCUGAAUUGCUUGCCAUGAAAUGCUGUAGUGCAAAUCAUGUCAGGGCUACUGAUUUUUGAAGAUUUUUGCGAAAUAUCUGUGGUGCUUCUAGCCAAAGAAACUACUAAUAGUGAUCAUGGAAGAUAGUUUCACUUGGGUAAAUGCUCGCGGUUUGCAUUUGAACGUUGGUGGGUUUGGGCAACUGAUGCAUUUCUGAUUGGUUUUAGUAGCUUUUUAUUUUUACUGUUGAUCAUUCUUGGAGGAGAUGAAUUCUUAAUCCAUUUUUGAAUGAUGUAAAUUCUAUGCUUAUAAAUGAAUAUCUCUGAGGGAACAUUUGGUAUUA